AACCACUGAAGAAGGGAAAGGAACGCACAUAGUGUCAUGGCGUCUCCCUUGAAGGGGGCUUGGUCCUGUAAAUGUUAGCCAUCGUUAUUUCUUUCUUUCAUUGUCUUAUUAAUCUGGAAAGAUCGCUUAGGUCAAAGGGAACAUAUUUGACGACCAUAGCGUCAAGAUGGGGACGGUCCACGCUAGGAGUUUAGAUCCGCUUCCAAUGCACGGGCGCGACUUGGGCGUCAACCCGGAUGAUAUGAUGGAAGCACCUGAACCAGAGCAGGAGACGAAACAAGAGGUCCUCGAAAACAAAGACGUUGUGGUCCAGCAUGUCAAUAUUGAGGGUCUGGGGAGAACUAAAGAAGAUCUCCUGGGUUAUGAGAUCUCUGAGGUCUUUAAUGCAAAAAACCUAAUUGACGUUAUGAAGAAAUCUCAUAUUGCCAGGCAGAAACUUCUGCGACUGGGAAUCUUUAAGGAGGUGGAAGUGCUUAUUGACACGUCAGAAGGUAAAGAUGCAUUGCCCAACGGCCUAGAUGUGACGUUCGAAGUGACGGAGAUGAAGAGGUUGACAGGCAGCUACAACACCAUGGUCGGCAACAACGAGGGAAGCAUGGUUCUCGGUCUGAAGCUGCCUAAUGUGUUUGGCCGUGCAGAGAAGCUCACCUUCCAGUUCUCCUAUGGUACCAAGGAAACUUCCUACGGACUGUCCUACUUCAAACCCCAGCCGGGCAACUUUGAACGCAACCUCACCCUCAACCUGUACAAAGUCACUGGCCAGUUUCCAUGGAGCUCCCUGAAGGAGACCGACAGAGGUUUUUCCACAGAGCUCAAUUUCCCCUUGUGGAGGAGCAACCACACUCUUAAGUGGGAAGGCGUGUGGAGGGAGCUGGGCUGUCUGGCUCGCAGUGCCUCAUUCGCCGUGAGAGAGGAGAGCGGACACUCCCUCAAGUCUGCUCUAUCGCACACCAUGUCCAUCGACACCAGGAACUCUGCCAUCUUCCCCAAGAAAGGAGCCUUACUAAGGAUCAACCAGGAGCUGGCUGGCUUCACAGGUGGAGAUGCUAGUUUUUUGAAGGAGGACUUUGAGCUACAGCUGAACAGGAGGCUGGUGUGGGACUCGGUCCUCUCUGCUUCUCUGUGGGGUGGCAUGCUCUACCCCAUUGGAGGAAAGCCAUCCUCCAUCGCUGACAGGUUCUAUCUUGGUGGUCCCACUAGUGUGCGAGGCUUCGGGAUGUACAGCAUUGGUCCACAGAGCGAGGGUGACUACCUGGGGGGGGAGGCCUACUGGGCUGGGGGACUCCACCUGUACACACCGUUGCCCUUCCGUCCAGGCCGUGGGGGAUUUGGUGACCUCUUCCGAACCCACUUCUUCCUCAAUGCUGGCAAUCUUUGCAAUCUCAACUACGGUGAGGGUCCCCGCGCCCAUCUGCAAAAGCUGGCAGAGUGUAUCCGCUGGUCAUACGGUGCGGGAAUUGUGCUACGUCUGGGGAAUAUCGCUAGGCUGGAGCUCAACUACUGUGUUCCCAUGGGGGUACAGAGUGGUGACAGGAUAUGCGACGGUGUCCAGUUUGGAGCCGGAAUCCGUUUCCUGUGAUGUUGCCCCCCCAACCCCCUUACAGAAAAGAGCAUAAUGGCAAAGGGAAAGCUGUUGGCACUUGAUUUCCGUUGUAGAGUGUAAAACUAAAAGUAGGAUCCUGAAAGAAUGCAUUGUCUUGUAGAAGUACUGCUCCGACGUUUUCUUUUUAUCAUUUUUUACACUAACCACCGAUAUCACCCAAUAAGUUUGCCGUGCUAGCACCAACCAGUUACAUUUCUAGCCUGUGAAAGAGAUUUGGACGUAGAGAUACAGUAUUUUAUUUAUCUCUAUGCUGUUGUAUCUCCCCCUCUGCCUUCCAGGACAGUUGCCUAUCUAUAGACGUGUGAUUUUUGUUUUUGUUCUAGAUUGAACUCUAUUAAACCCCUCUCUGAACACCAGAUGAGUUUCCUUUAGAAUAAGCAAUGGUCGCAAAUGCUUAUGCAGAGACUUAAUGGAAAUUAAUGUGCUGUAACCCACACUUUUCUGUUGACCAUAGAACAGUGGAAUUUUAAGAAUGUGAACGGACACCGCCAACACAUAUGGUUCAGAUGUUUUUUGGGGGGGAAAGAAAAAAAAGGAAUGGAGAGUAGCCGUCCCGUACACAGCAGCCAGUGAAUCAGAGGUGGAGAUCCCAAGUGUGACCCACCACCAGUGCUCUUAUUGUUAGUCCUCUUUUUAACAUUGUCUAUGCUAUUCCGAUCUACACAUCAAUAAAUCACGUAUGUUCCCUUA